AUGGCAGAGCCUUCAAGCUUUCAAGCUGUGGCGGACAACUGGGGGGGGGGGGCGCGCCGGUCAGCGGCGAGUGCAUACGCCGCCUGCCGUGGCGCUCACACGGCAGAGAGUUGCGACGAUGCGAUGCGCCUUCUGAAGCUUCUGAAGGAGGGGGGAGGGUCCUGGUGGGUCUGGGACUUUCGUCUGCUCGGUGGUGUGAGUGGACGAGGUUUCUGUCUACUCAGCAAGCCGCCGCGUACACAGCCUCGAUGGCUUGCGUCGUGGGCCUAUCGCCAAUUCGACCAUGGCCAUGCCGGCCAGCCGCGCAUGAGGCUGUCCGCCCUCGUCUUGCUCUCUCUCUCUCUCCUCUCCGCGCAAAGUCUGCGUACGCCCGUAGUAGGAGAGCCCGCGCACUCUUCAGCCACAACCUCGUUCCAACUCUUCGUCAUCGGCAGCACCAGCCUUCGACGCGCACCAUCAAACAUUCCACAACCCUGCGACGCUGCGAUUUCCCGCAACUGUCGUCUUGCUUUGCGAGCUGCACCUGGACCGGACGAGCAGACACCCGCAGCCAUCCCCCCCUCCCUCGUCUCCCUCCCCAUUGCCCACGCCCAGUGCCACUCAUACUCUUUACAUACGGUUCGCUGUGUGUGUGUGUGUGUGUGUAACUCGCGGACGCAUUCGCCCGGCCUCAGCUUUGCAGCCUCACACGCCCUCUGGCCGCUAAGCUCUGUCGCAUUCCCCAGCCCCGGCCCGCCCAUUGCUGUCGUCACAGGCACAACCUGCGACCCUCGACCCUCGCGCCUUUGCUGUGCUCUGCGCAUCCCCUGGUCCUUGAUCCUGGGUCGCUGGCUGUCUGGACAUCAGACGGUGAUCGCCUUGGCUGGACCCGCAUCCGCAUCCGCAACCGAGCGCGUUUGUGAGGCAAUCAACUGCGCCGUCGCGAAGCUGGCUCUUUCGAGUCGCUCAGUGCCUCUGAAGCGGGAGUGCGUGCUGCCACAGCAGUAUGUGCGAGAGCCUCUGGGGUGGCCAUGUCGCGCCUCUCCAUUCCGACAACGUGCUGAUGCGGCUCUGCAGACAUCAUUCGCACAUAUACCGAGCCCUGCCUCGCCACCCCCCCGAACCAUGGCCGCAUCAACGCGAGCGAUCACGCCCACCCACACUGGGCCCUUUGCACCACCAAACCGCCCGACCACACCAGGCUCGACGGCACGGAACGCCCAUGGCGGCGCAACUUUCGGAACCCACCUCACCAAGUCACCGCGUGGCCUUUCACCGCGACUCUCUCCAGCACCGCUCACGGGAGCAGCCGCCCUCGCCGACGAGCGAAGAUAUCGAGAACAGACUGCGAGGCAAACGAGCCCCAACCCCGCUGCCGCCGCGUUGCAGAGCCUAACUGCGAACAACAGUCAGCCCAUGAGCCGCCCAUCCGAUGCACCUCCUACGCUUCCGCCAAUGACCGCCCAAGGCGACAAGGCAGCAAAACCCGCCCUCAUGAUACCAGAGCAGGCCGGAGUCACCGGAGAUGCCAUGCACACAAGCCCUGUAAGCCUUUCGAGUUUUGGUGACGGUGAUGCAACAGCCACACAAGGUGCUCCUACCAUCGAUGUGAUGGCCAGCCCUGUUGGGAAUGCCGCACAGGAAGGCGUGCCUCAGCAACCGCCACAACAGCAGCAACAGCAACCACAACAACAGCACCAGCAUCAGCACCAGCCUCAUCACCAGUUGAUUGCGCCGAACCCAACUGACAACCCCGGCAAUCGGGCAUUUACCUUUCCUGGUCCAAUGCCAUUGGAGGAUCCACGUGCUCCAGCCCGUCAGAUGAGUCUUCCAGGUUACGGUCAGAAUACGCCCAAGUCGCCGUCCACCAAGAGACACAAAUGUCCAUACUGCUCCACCGACUUUACGCGACACCACAAUCUCAAGAGUCACUUGUUAACUCACAGCCAAGAAAAGCCCUAUGAAUGUCCAACCUGCCAGGCCCGUUUCCGCCGCUUACACGACCUGAAGCGCCACACGAAACUGCAUACCGGUGAAAGACCACAUACUUGCUUCAAGUGCGGGCGUCGAUUUGCCCGUGGAGAUGCGCUCGCACGGCAUAACAAGGGCCAAGGGGGCUGUGCAGGUCGUCGAUCUAGUUUUGGCAUGGAUGGCGAGGAGAUGGGAGAUGGCAAAGCCGGCGAGGGCAUGGACGGCGUCGUGUAUACUGGGGAACCUGAUGAAGAGGACGAGCUUGACGACGAAGGCCGACGUGUCAGUGAGCCUGCGCGAAAAAGGCAGAACACGGGCAACUCUGCGCAAGGUUCGUAUCAUCAGCACUCUAGCACCUACCCACCUGUUGCUGCCAACCGAGCCUCGACUUUGCCUAGCACCUCUCGCCCAUACUAUCCGGCAGCAUCAACGCAAGGGACUAACUUGUCGCCAAAAGCAGCGCCCUCGAGUAUAUCCUCGAUUCACAAUGCAAACCAGUCGAAUGUGUUUGCUCACGGGAGCAUGACGGAGAGUCCCAAGCCCCUUUCGCCAGGCCAGCAAGAGCACCGUCGUCUCGGCGCCCCGGAAGCUAACAUGCAUGGAUCGCGGUCCCCGAGUAUCUCGCAACACAUGUACGGGCGUGCGCGAGGAACGCCGCCCAUGGCAUUGGCUCCACCCACUGUCAAUGGCGCCCCUCAUUUGCCCUCGCUGCCUGGCUUGAACCCCAUGGCGUCUAAGCAAGGCUCCAUGGGUGGCAAGACCAAUGGCCCAAGCCUGCUUCAGAACCAGACCAUGGCCGCUCCAGGCACAUCCUCGCAGCCUGGCAGCAUGUCCAGCCAUGGUGGAAGUGGAAGUAGCAUGCGCGAGGUCAUGGGAAACCAGGUGGAUGUGUGGCAAUAUGUUCGCGACAUUGAAGCCCGAAUGGCGCGCAUGGAAAAGGAACACAACGAAAGGAUCUCGACUUUGCAGAAUGAGAUCACUACGCUACGUGCUCAGCUCGCUCAGCAGCAUGUUAAUAACACGCAAGCUCAGCAGCAAGGACAUUGA